GUACUCCUCAUCUUCAUCUUCGCCAGCGUACCGCCAAAUUUGACACCAUUUCCAUUCCACUCCCCCUCUUCAAAAUCCCUACCUACUCCCUUUCCUCACUCCACUAUAAACCCUGACCCAACCCUAGCCUCAGCCACUUGGCACCCCCUCGCCCUCUUUCCUUUUUCUUUUCCUUGUAAUUUCUACCCCAAACACCUUCAAUUUUUUUCCCAUACGCAGGAAUCUGAUUUCCCAGGUGAACAUGAUUGUCAUUUUGGAGAUAGAGAAGGGCAAUAUCGUAACUACAUACAAGCAUGGAAGGGCGAAAAAGACCCUCAACUCGAAAUAGGUCACACGCAUACAUACAUACAGAAAGCCAGAGAGGCAAUAAAACGUGUCCGUGUUUCAUCGUUUUCCCUUUGCUCUCUUUCUUCUCUCAGACUCUUCUUCUUCUUCCUUCGUCGUCUCUAUAGCUUCUGUUAGCCGGCCCUUGUCUCGCAGAAGAAACUGGAACUCUUAACCGCACUCUACUGACCCAGAACAUGGAACUGAUUAGAACCGUUGAAAUUUGAACUGUACAGACUCCUCGCACACCGAAAUUUUUUUUCCCUUUUCUGGGCAAUUGUCGCCGGCGAGUGCUCUUCUCUGGUUCGGCGAAAUCCUUGCGAUUCCAGCAAUGUCGGGUUCCGGUGGGGUUUCCGUGGCUCGCAAUCGGAGCGGAGACCGGUUCUACAGCCCGCCGGCCGUGCGGAGGCACCACCAGAUGUUGCAGCAGCGUAACCUUCAGAAGCAAACGGGUAUGGGUUCGGUUAUGGGCUCAGGGUCGGGUGAGUCGGAGACCAGUACGGGGCCCGACAACUGUUCAUCCUCGUCGUCCUUGACAUCUUCUGCGGGGCCCACGGGCGCUUCCAAUUUGGAUCGGUUCUUGGAGUACACGACUCCGGUGGUUGCGGCUCAGUACUUCCCUAAGAGUUGCACGAGGAGUUGGAGAAGUCAUGAAAAGGAGUUUCAUCCAUACUUUGUGCUUGGAGAUCUAUGGGAGUCAUUCAAGGAGUGGAGUGCAUAUGGAGCUGGUGUGCCUCUUUUGUUGGACGGGAAGGACUCUGUUGUGCAGUACUAUGUCCCCUACUUGUCUGGUAUUCAGCUUUAUAUUGAUCCAUCGAGGCCUCCCUCGAAAGGAAGGAGGGCUGGUGAGGAUAGUGAUACUGAAUCAUCCAGGGAGUCAAGUAGUGACGGCAGCAGUGACUUCGAAACUGGAAAAGGACCCCAUAAUGUUGCUCCAGGAACUUGGAACCAGGACCUUACAGAUGCGAAUAUCCAGAGCUUGAGAAGACUCUCUUUAAGAAAUAAACCCGUCACGAAUUUCUCAAGAGAUAAAAGCGAGCAUGCUGGUCUGCUUGUGUUUGAAUACUUUGAGCAAGAUCCGCCAUAUAGUCGGGAACCUUUGGCUGAUAAGAUUUCAGUUCUUGCUUCUCGAUUCCCUGAUCUUAGGACAUUCUGGAGCUGUGAUCUAUUGCCUUCAAGUUGGAUUUCUGUAGCUUGGUAUCCCAUCUAUAGGAUACCAACAGGUCCAACAUUACAAAAUCUGGAUGCUUGCUUCCUUACCUACCAUUCAUUGUCCACACCCUUUGCAAGUACAAGUGUCAAUUGGCUGCAUUUUCCUGGUUCAAAUGCUAGGGAGGUUCCUGAUGCUGACUCGUUCAAGCUGUCGCUGCCCAUCUUUGGGCUUGCUUCCUAUAAGUUCAAAGCUUCUGUUUGGCAUCCUAAUGGAGUUGAAGAAUGUCAGAUAGCUAAUUCUCUCCUGCAAGCUGCUGACAACUUUCUCAGGCACUCACAAGUUAAUCACCCAGACUACAGGUUCUUCAUCUCCCAUAGCCCUUACCAAAGGUGAGGAUUCCCCUUGAAUGCAUGCAAUCUACUCUUGGAAAAUGCAGGGAAAUUGAUGUUUUUUAUCCAUUAAAAGAAGCCCUAACCCCCCCUCCCCCACCAAGUGAAGCGGGACUCUGGUAUAUCAUGCUGUGUAGCAUAUUGCUUUUCGGUAAUUAUGCCCCUGUUUAAGAAAGUGUACUUCAAAACUGUGGUUGUGGAUGUUUUGGGGAAAGUUUUGUUUGCUAGGCAGGAUAGCAGCGGCCAUUGCCUUGGCAAUGGUGAUAAUCGAUGAGUAUGUAUGGUGGUUUUAUUUUUGUGGUGUUAUCAAACGAUGUGUAGGUGUGAAUGUAAUGUUUCUGAGGCACCCGGUGAGGCUUUCUGAUAUCCCACCCAUAAGAAUCAUCAUGUUAUAUGAUGUUGGGAUAAGCAUGGGAGGCAGUUUAUGGCCUGAAGAUACUCUUUCGAAGGUUAGAUGAUGACGAAAAGAAGAAAAAAUAACUUGAAUAAGUGUAUAUUAUUUGUGAAACUGUUGAUAUAGGAGUCAGUUAUCAUUGAUUCCCUGAUGCUUUUGCACAUUAUCUUGUUGAAAAGCUUCAAACAUUUACUAAAGUAUGAUAAUGUUAAAUCUUUUGGGCUUUUUUGUUUCA